CGCGUAAAUAAUCAUGAGGAGCAGUCACAAGGAUCCCUCACGACCUUAUUCAGUGCAACAUUUGGCCUGUGUUGUUCGUGAUGCGUGAGGUCUGACCAGGAAGGGUCGCAAAGUCUCAAGUUACAUCCUACUGUUCUUUCAUGUUGUAACCAGGGGAGCUCCGAUCGCCCUUUCCAACAUUCCCGACCUAGAUAUCCUUACUUGUUUAUCGAGACUCCGCCUCGAGAUCGGCUAUUGUAUCCAUCGUCGCGACGCAUUCCAUUUCUAUGCGACAGGGUCGGCAGCUCCUGUGUUACUUCGCAAGCGUCCCUUUUUUUCCUCUGGACAACAACGCCUGUUGUUGCUCGAGAAACACAGGCUGAACCCCCUGCCUCAACUUACCAAGCUGGCUGGAGAACUAACCUUCAAGCUGCUCACUGCCAUCACGCAACCAGAGCUAUGGACCCGCCUUCUCAAGAGUCGGGCGAGUCCAGCCCGCAUUCUCCCACGGAUACUCGACGACAAAGUGAUAGCUUGCUGUCGGAAAGUUACCAAUCUACUGAUACCGUGAGGCGAAGACCCGAUACAUCCUAUGGCACUUUGCAAACACCUCCUCCUGCUGGCAGCACCAGCUGCAUAACCGACUCAACCUCCGUACAUGAUCGUGCUUAUCCGCGGACAGGCGGCAGCCAACCUCUUCGUUCCCCCAUGUUGGGCCCUGAUCGUGGCAGAGCCCGUCCCCGGAAACCCCCCAUGACGCGUCGCGCCUCCUCCAACGCGCAGGCGCCCCAUCGCGGGGCAGUCUUCUCUGCAGACGAUGCGGUCGAUGAGGUAGCAGAGGAGGAGACCACUGGCGAGAGGCAACACAGCUUUGCAUCGCCACGACCACAAUACAGCUCAGACUCUAGUCGGCAACCAUCGACACUCCGGCGGCGCACCAUGGCCGCCCCUGUCCUAUCCCGUGUUCAGUCGAGUCGAAGUGAUACUGCUGAAGAAGCCGGAGUUGAUGAGCGCUUGGAGAAUGACGAGCAGGGCGGCGAAACACAGGAUGAAGCGGAGGAAGAGCCCACACCUGAUGAGGCAAUGCCCAGCAAUGAGGACGACGAUGAGGAGGACGACGACGUCAGUGAUGCUGAGAGCUUCACCCUCAAAGACCGCCAACAAGCCAUUAACGAGACGCAUCCCUUUGGCAUCAGGCUUUGGAAGCCCGCCUUGUACAAGAAAGACCGGUCUGUGCAGAAGACAGCAGAAGGGGACAUUCAUUCAACCCCUGGCGGCCGUGUUAGCAGCUGGUUGCUCAGCUUCAAUGUCGUCUGGACGCUAGUGUUCGGUUGGUGGAUGGCACUGAUUGCAGCUCUCGGUGCUAUAACCUGCUUCAUAUUCGCCGCAGCUCCUAGUGGGAGAGCAUAUGGCCGCGUCUUGUGGGGUUUGGCUGGGUAUCUCUUUUAUCCCUUCGGCAAAUUCGUUCGACUGGAGCAAGACGAGGACUAUCUGGACGAAGAUCAGGGCGAGGGACGGAGCAUCAGCGAAUAUGAGCAGUGGCAGAGUGGAGACCUCGAGUAUGGUCGACUCUUCUUCGGUCCUUCAGAGCGCAGCCGCUCGAUAGUUGGUCGUUCGAGAAGAAGUAUUGAUUCAGAACCGAGCGAGACCGACAGUCUCUUGGGGCGAGGUUCACAUCACCCCCAUCCGGAUGAGCAUCCCCGACUAAAGAGGCGUCUUUUCGGUCGAGGCCAGUGGAACAUUGGGAGAGUCAUUUUCUUCUUCGCCUUCUAUGGGCUGCUCACUCCAUCCCUCAUCAUCGUAUCUGGCAUAUGCUGGUUCUUGGUCUUUUGGAUUCCAAUGGGUAAAGUAACGAUGCUCCUUUUUGAUCACUUGCGCAGACAUCCUUUGGCAUUGUCUUUCGAGUCGGACAUCAACCAGGCCCGAAUCGCCGAUGGGCGUCAUUCAUCCAUCCUACUUUGCACAUACAGAGCUGUGGGUUCCAAAUACUGGAAAUACACAAUCGACGGCACCAACAUCUUCCUGAUCAACCUCAUGGCCGUUGUCCUGUUUGUCAUCCUUGAUUGGCUCGUGCUGGAUGGUGUGUUGCAUCUGGACAAUUUCUUGACAUCUCCUGGAUUCCUGUUCGUGGCCGGCUUGUUCUCCAUCAUCCCGCUCGCUUACUUUAUUGGUCAAGCCGUCGCAUCUAUCUCAGCCCAGUCAUCGAUGGGGUUAGGUGCAGCCAUCAACGCUUUCUUUUCGACUAUUGUUGAGGUAUUCCUGUACUGUGUCGCGCUCAGACAAGGCAAGGGGCCACUCGUUGAGGGAAGUAUCAUCGGUAGCAUCUUUGCUGGUGUGCUCUUCCUCCCUGGUCUCUCCAUGUGCUUUGGAGCUAUCAAGCGCAAAACCCAGCGAUUCAAUGCCAGAUCUGCCGGCGUAACAUCGACGAUGCUGCUAUUUGCCGUCGUGGCUGCCUUUGGUCCUACGCUUUUCUACCAGAUUUAUGGCACGCACGAGCUCAACUGCCUCAGCUGCACCGACCUUGCAAUGGACCCACACGGAAAUGCGGAACGUGACUGUCGACGCUGCUACUUCUCUCAGGCACCGCAGCUUGACGAUCGCUUCUAUAUCGAGGCCGUACGACCAUAUUGCUAUGCCGCCGCGUUUUUCCUGUUCUUGUCCUACGUCAUUGGACUCUGGUUCACCCUUCGAACUCAUGCAGCUGUUAUCUGGAACACUGAAGUCGACGAGAAGAAGCACGAGGAACAACAGCAGCACAUGGCCCGCUUAUCCGCGAGCGACCAGCGCAACCUGACAGAUGCAAGCGGAGCGGAUAUCCGAGACAGCAAAUUAUACAAGCGUAUUCUCGGGGCCUCUCUGAGGCAUGUUGGGUUAUCUGGAGAUGAGAGUAGACACCACUCGCGGCAACCAUCUAGUAUAGUGCCUCCGAAUGGCACUUCCCAAACUGCACACCUGGUACCUCCCAAGACUAGUGGUAGCGCCGAGAGUGUUCGCUCUAAUGUCCAUGUUGCCGGUCUUUCUGAGGCAGAGAAUAACAAUCUCAUCCGCGGAGUCACUGAACUUGCCGCUACCGCAGCUGCCAUCGCUGCCCGCGACGCCCGCGUUCCACGCCAUAUCUCGAUUCAUGGGUCGACCCACGCCAGCACUUCUCAACCCCGCCCGACACCUCUUCGCACGAGCACAUUUCCUGACAUGGAAGAUGUUGGAGAGCAAGCUCAGGCCCAUGGUGGCCACGACGCACCGAAUUGGAGCCGAAUGAAGAGUGCCGUCAUCUUGAUGGCAGCCACUGUUCUUUAUGCUAUUGUUGCAGAAAUCCUAGUUGACACUGUCGACGUAGUAUUGAAAAACUUUGCCAUCGACGAGAAGUUCCUGGGUAUCACCCUUUUUGCCCUGGUUCCCAACACCACGGAGUUCCUGAACGCCAUUUCCUUCGCUAUGAAUGGAAACAUUGCCUUGUCUAUGGAAAUUGGUUCGGCAUACGCGCUUCAGGUUUGCCUGCUCCAGAUCCCGGCCCUGGUACUCUUCUCCGCCGUGGUCCCAAUCAUACCGUUGCCAGAUAUCCCAGAUAUUGGGCGAUACACCUUCAGUCUCCUAUUCCCGCAAUGGGAUAUGGUCACUGUUAUCCUGUGCGUGUUCUUGCUCAGCUACAUGUAUGGCGAGGGCAAGAGCAACUACUUCAAGGGCAGCAUUCUCCUGUUGACCUAUAUGGUUGUGGUGAUUGGGUUCUACUUCUCCAGCAUGACGGAUGUCCAGAUGGGAAUGAACAGGUUCGACACAUUUGACGCUACGAGCGGAUGGACGAGCUACAAGACGAUUGGCCGUAGCAAUAAGGGGAGGGCGUAUUAAUGGGCGUUUGUGUUUUUGAGAGCUCCUUGCACAGCAAUCCACUCAUUGAAGAGCAGCCUUUGUGGUAUACUUAUGAAACACACUUUGUAUUGUUAGGCCCGGAUGGAGCAUCACAUUGGAGCACAGGUCAGGUUGUUCGGUCAGUGUUUUCGGUGGCUGCUAAUUAGAAUACCUCUUUUGCGUGGUUGUUAGAUCGUUAAGGUUUCCAAGGAGUUACUGUCAAGUGGUACAGGGAUAAUGCGAUCGUUCUCUCGCUGAAUUUCUGCGUCUUUGUGAUGG